AUGGCUGUUUUGGAUAACGACAAAUUGCGCAAGCCAGGACUACCGGGAUUCCCGUGGCAGUCGGAUUGCCUUCAUGAGUCUCCGGAUCUGUUGAGAGCAAUCUUGAAUCACGCUUUAAGCCAACCGAAAGAAGAGCUUAAAACUCAUUUCACGACGAGGGAAGGCUCGUAUAAAUUAAUGACCAUGGCGGAGUAUUCACGCCCGAAUAGGGUACCAAUGAAUCAAGUUAUACAACCUGGCACAGCAAAUGUGGCAGGUGCUCCUGUACGAGUUUCAUUUUUAUCUUUAAAUGGUAUCAACAAGUCGCCAUCACCUAGAACGGAGGAACAAGAUGACUUCGAUUGUGAUGAGAACUAUCGCGAAGAUCUUGCAACAGCCGACAGAAUUUGUUUCAAUGUUGGACGGGAGCUUUACGUAUAUUUAUAUAAGGGAAUUCAUACUGCUGCUGAUUUGAGUAAGCCUAUUGAUAAACGUGUCUACAAAGGUACCUAUCCCACUUGUCACCAUUUUAAUCAAGAAACAGCCACCAGCACAAACUGCAGCCUCAUUAUUGGAUUUUCUGCUGGACAAAUCCAGUUGAUUGAUCCCUUCCAUAAAGAGUAUCAGGCAAGCCGCCUCUACAAUGAAGAGAGGUUUAUUGACAAGACUGGUGUCACUUGUCUACGAUGGGUUCCUGGUCAAAAGCAACACUUUCUUGUGUCAUACAGCAGUGGUUAUAUGUACUUAUACAACGAGGAAUUGCAGUGUCCCUUAGCGCCUCCAGUUUAUCAGGCUUUCAAGCAGGGUGACAAAUAUUCGGUGUGCAUGUGUAAAGCGAAGACCACAAGAAAUCCUGUGUAUCGCUGGCAAAUCGGUGAGGGCGGCAUUAACCAAUUCGCAUUCUCAGGACCAGAUGCGAAAAUGUUGGCCACUGUAGGACAUGAUGGGUAUUUACGGAUAUUCAAUUAUCAUCAGAUGGAAUUGUUAUCGUACAUGAAGUCAUAUUUUGGUGGACUACUCACACUGGCGUGGAGUCCAGAUGCAAAAUUAAUUGUAACCGGUGGCGAAGACGACUUACUCACUGUUUACAAUGUCCAUGAGAAGCGCGUAGUAUGUCGUGGACAAGGGCAUAAAAGCUGGAUUUCUCAGCCCGCCAACGUGCAGCGUCACCGUAACUCGACAAUAAUUGCUCCAAUGCUAGGGCUCGAAAUCCAGGUUUUGAUCCUCUUUUCACUCUACACUGAUCCGUCGCUAACUACUGCUGCUCUUGAUGAGGCGAAGCUUCUUGGAACACGAGUAUGUCCGCGUAUGGAAGAUGUCCCCGUUAUUGAACCUCUGAUAUGCAAAAAGAUUGCGCACGAGCGAUUGACCGUACUUGAGUUCCGUAAGGAUUGCUUGGUCACUGCCUGUCAGGAAGGUUUCAUUUGUACAUGGGCAAGACCUGGAAAGGUUCCGAACAACCUGGUGAAACGAGAUGUCAACUCUCCCAACACUCUGAGUUCACCGACAGGGCUUCGCGAUGGGGUUGUGCCGGCAACGUGGAGCAAUGUCACGAGCGCUCAAGCGCACUGA